AUGAUGGGAACAAUACGGAGAAAACAAGUCAGAGCUUCCACCUCAACUGCUGGCUUUAGAGAACAGCGCCUUUGUCAUUUGGAUGGCACUGAACUCAGAGUGGAACUCAGAGGGAAGUUCCGGAAGAGACGACUCUUUCUCGAGGAUCUGGGAAAGGCAUUGGUGAGACCACAAAUCAAGGAAAGACAGCUUUUCCACAGAACCCCAGCCUCUGCAGCCAUUGUGAGGAGUGUUCAGGAGGAGAAUGCUGGUGCUCUAUCCGUGAACCUACACUACACUGCUGAUCAGUAG